GAGAUGUGGCUGGAGCUUCAGCCGGUAUUUUGGAGCAACACGAGCAUAGUCCUCAGUUAUUUCAAGGAAUACACGUGUAAGCAGAGGAGGAUGAUCUGCGGUUAGACGUGAAUCCCGCAUGGAGGCGAGCUUGUAGUCUCUCCUCGCUUACGUCUCACCCAGGCUAUUAGGAUUAAAACAAACAAAAAAACGCAACUUUGACGGACAUUUGGGCACUGCAGUAAGACACAAGAACAAUUCUUUGCUUGCUUUGUGGACGACACAUAUACAGUUACUUAAAUAAUAUUUGAUUUCUUCCCAUAAAAAAACACGCUUCGUCUGACCAGUUUGGAUGUCCACUGAAGUCAACUCCAUGAGCAUCACCAACUGGAGAGUGCAUGUGUUUUAAUGUCAGUUUUUGUGUCGCUCGUUGAUUCCCAGUGAUUUGCGUGGAUAUACAGCAAUGACAUUUCGAAGAUGAGCGAUUUUCACUCCGUAUUUUCAAGAGGAUUAAACCUUCGCUCGUCCAAUCCUGGAGUUGCCGAAGUCGUCCUCGUUGCGUGUCCUCUUCGGGUGGCCCAAAAUCGGAGGAAUUGAGAUGCAAUUGUUACAUGAAUGCCGCGCCGAACUCAAGGCUUUAUCAAGCCGUCCGCUUCCUCAUAUUUGAGACAACGGAACAACCAUCGCAUUUCUGGUUGGAGAAGGAGAUAAAUUGUUCUUAAAUUCCCGUCGGGAAGAAUUGUAUUUUCCCAAGACCUUGCAUUAGUGGAGUGGUACUCAUGCAGGGCUAUCUAUGCUGCGGGAGCCAGCACAGAGUUUGUAAAACUUCAAAAUGAGGCUUAGAAAUUCGGGAUUAGGCUAUCUGUUACUGCAGUUUAUAGCGCUGUCUUUCCACACACAGAUCUCUGAACAGUCCCCGCCAAACUUUAAGCACCACGUCAAUGAGCAAAGCCGCCUGUCGGAUAGAAUGAGCCGAAGAGUGACCAGAACAUAUCAGCUGUAUAGCCGGACAAGUGGCAAACAUGUACAGGUGCUCGGAAACAAAAGGGUCAAUGCCAACGGCGAAGACGGAGAUAUCCAUGCCAAACUCAUCGUGGAGACAGACUCGUUUGGGAGCCGGAUUCGUAUCAGAGGAGCAAAGACAGGAUACUACAUCUGCAUGAACAAGAAAGGAAAGCUCAUUGGAAGGAAAAAGGGUCACGGUCGGGACUGCAUCUUCACGGAGAUCGUGCUGGAGAACAACUACACGGCUCUGCAGAACGCCAAGUACAAGAGCUGGUACAUGGCCUUCACCCGCAAGGGGCGGCCGCGCAAGGCCUCGCGCACCCGCCAGCACCAGCGGGAGUCGCACUUCAUGAAGCGGCUGCCCCGCGGCCACCUCCUCAGCGAGAGGAGGCCCUUCGACAUCAUCCCCUUCCCUACGGGCCGAAGGACUAAACAGGCGCGUCAGCAGGCUGUGAACCGGUAGAGGAUUCCUGGUCUGCUCCGCUAUAGCCUGAGGACAUACAGAGAGAGGCUCUCGAGAGAGGAUGUGGUUUUUCCAAUGUUCGAAAAUACUUUGUAGUGUUUUUUUUUCAUGUUCUAAAUACUGGGAUAUAUCUAAUUAAGUGUAUCUAAUUGCUGAGUUACUCCCACGCCAUACACUUAUACAGAUUUAAAAAACAAAAACAAACAAACAAAAAAACACACACACACAAAAAAAAACUCUAAAUGAUGCAUGAUGAGUAUUUUUAUCUGUUUGCGUUAACGAAUUCCUGGAGAAUCAAGGUACUGGACUGAAUGUGCUUGCAGUGGGCGGCUCAUACCUCCCUGCUGAGACUUUGGAGGCGAACGACGAUAAACUUACUGUCAAGGAAUGUCACAAUAUUCAUCUGAAUAUUACACACAAACAUGGCAGCUGCUUCUGGACUGGAAAGUUACUACAAAUCAUUAUAGAUAAUGAUGUAAUCACAACCAUUUGUGGAAUAGUUUUAGCCUUACACACAUUUUUGUCUGUUUUAUACAUACAUGAAUAUAUAUAUAUAUAUAUUUUUAUUGCAAGAUUUGUAAAAAAAAAAAAAAAAUGUAAUGUAAAAUACUUUAAAAAGGACGAAAAUAUUUAUUUUAGAGUGUAUUAAAUUCACUAAAGAGCAUUUUGAUUUGACGUGAGAACUUCUAUGGGAGGAUGUGGGGUGUGUGGGGGGGGAAGAGGAAGACUGUUGUCCAUUCAGCUGACCUAUGGGGCUUGACUCCCAGGCUCAUUUGAAGAUUUCCCCUGGUAAACAUUAUUUACUUUGCCACUAAGAUUUUUUAGGUCUGAAGAGAUUUUUUUCUUUCCCCUGGUUUGACGUUUUGGGGUUUCUAAAGACCCUAUUCAGGUUGGGAGGCCUGGGGAGGAAGCCAGCAAGCCAGAGCCCAAAUGAGGACUCCCGGAGCAAUAAGGCCAAAACAAAAGGAUCAGGACCAAAUGGCCUUUGUAUUGACACAGGCAGCCCCAGUCAUUUCACUGUGAAACUGUUUAGAGAAUCUAUACAUAUACACUGUAUACGUAUAUACACAAACACACAUAUAUUUCUUUAGUUUACAGCCGAUAGUGUUAGGGUGCACCUGUUGUUUUUAUUUUCUUUUUGGAUGUUUUUUCCUUGUACCCCCAGCUUCACUCAACCACCACCCCGCUCACCCCCCCAAAACCCACCCCGCCAAGCCAAAGAAGAAACCCCGAAAAGCCAAAGCCCCAGAUAACUGCGAAGCAAUAUCUGUGACAGGCCACUGAAUUCAAUGUGCUCAGCAAGUGAGACUGGGGCCUGAAUAGCCCGGGCCGAGCAUUAAAAGCGGUGAGGUCAGCCCACCAUUUUGGCUCCAAACAAAGGUUACCACCAUGUAGUUGCAUUUCUCGGGAUCACACACCGUAACCCCCUGAUCAAAUGGGCCCUUUGUGGCCCCCUGUAUAAAGAAACAUGUUAUACAAUGGCGGGUUCGCACAAUAACAUGAGGAGGGGUCAGUUAUCAAAAAGAACGCCAGUCACACAGGGAGAGAAGAAAGCCACCGGGAGCCUGUGAGGCGAGAUGCAGCAGAGGCCUGAAAGGGCCGUCAGUGGCUGGGAAGAGGCAUUCGGGAAUGAAAUGAAAAAGCCAGAAAGAAACUGCUCUCCCUCUCCCUCUUUCUCUCUCUCUCCAGAGGCAGCUGGGCAUGACCACAGAGGCCAGGCAACGGGGGGAUAGACAGAGAGAGAGAGAGAGAGAGAGAGAGAGAGAGAGAGAGAGAGAGAGAGAGAGAAAGGAGACACUGAAAGACAGGGGGGGAAAAGAGAGGGUGACAGGGACAGAGAGAGGGACACUCUAAACAGAGAAUCAGAGCGCAGUGUAGUGCAGUGUAGUGCAGUGCCCCACACUUUCCCAGGAUUGUCCUCUCUCAGUCAGGCUGCUUGGCCUGGGUCCAUGCGCAAACCCAUCCACCCGAGUUUUGAUCAUUUACUGACAGACGCCGGAUGAAAUACGGAGGAACACACAACAAAACAGCAGAACACAUACCGUCGUGUGGCCGAGGCCCAAAUAUUCACUGGUGGCUCUUAGUAAAUGAAACAACAUUUGUUUUUACAAUAACAAAUUCUACGAGAAAAAAAAAAAAAAGAAUACCUCCAUUUUUGUUUAAUUGUUAUUACAGGCAAACCAGUAAAUUAUGGGCUGUUUUGAGUUCUCAGAAGGUGCCUGGUUGCUUCCUCAACAAUGCAACAGAUGUUGCUGAGAUGUUAGGCGCGGCGCAGAUGAAAGCUCAUGAUCUUCCUGUCGUGGGGUCAAUAGGUUCUGACAACAAUCACAUUUGGACCCCUGCACCACUGUCAUAACAAUAACCCAGCUAGAUAGGCCCUGCCAUGAGAGUGAGCCUGCCACAUAUGGCAAGACAGUGUCCCGAAAACCAUAUGUCACCACAUUGUGAGUAUAUAAUCUUGGCUGUGAGCUACAUUGAGAGGACGAAAGCCAGACUAACCAUGCAAUCCCAGUUAACCCCGCGCGUGCCGGACUCUCCCUCCAGCAUGGCGAGGCUCACCUUGGCCUCUGGCCAAAACGCGUCUCCAGGGCAGAUGAGAGGUUUCUGCUGCAUGUCGCUGCAGAUAGCUGGGAACAGUAGCGUGGAAUCUUCGGGCAGGAGAACAGAAGCUCCUGUGUUGGCUCCGGGGCCGGCGUAGGUUCUGUCUUGCAGCAGCACUCCAAUGAGGUGAACAGAUGUGAAGGGGAUGGAAAACAGCUCUUCUCCAAGGCUGGAGGGUCUACGACGGUCAUUAAGUCCCCGUGUUUUCAAGGACAAUAUCCACUCGGAGACGCUGUUUCUCGCCGGCGUGAACCGCUCGCCGAUUGGAGGAUCGGCAAAGAUCGUGGCCGUGGAUACACACACCAAAAAAUCCGAUGCACCUGUUCAGAGCCAUGACAGAUGCCAGGGAGGUGUCUCCUUAAAAGCUGCCUGAACUUUCUAGUUGGAGUAAGAAGUUGCUAAACAUAUGUCUUUAAAUUCCAUAGUUUGUGUUUGUGCGUUCAUGGCUCACGCCGCGCACAAUGGUGAGACAGACCAUAGUGUGAGAGUGUGGUUAAGUGUCUGUUUUUAGUGUUUGCUUACUGGGUUUGGCAAGGAGGCUUAGGCUUAGGGACAGUGGAGAGGGAGGCUAAGGAUCGCAAGAGCGAAGACCUCUGUAUUUGCAUGGUAUUGUUCCUCUGUCUUGUUUGCAUCUAAAUAUGCACACGACGACCAGUGGUGUUUUGUGCCGAACCGUUCCUCACAAGAGGCUGUGGAACAAAGGUUUAUGGCAUUGUGGCUCGACAGGCCGGGAACAAAAACACGCCUAAACAGGAGGAAAAAAAAUCAUUGCAAUCCCUUAAGUCCUAUGCGUGCCUUCUUAAACUCUGACAAACACACUUUAAAGCGUGCUCCUGUUAAGUGGGAGUGUUUUUUUUGUUUUUUUGUUUGCAAUAUGGCUGAAGGCUUGAUCUCCUCUUCUUGAUUUGCAGUAGAGGAUUUUUGUUUUGGUUUAUUUCCUUUUAAGAAAAUCGGUCCAGUACCGAGUUUGAACGCUAAAACCGGCAACCGCAAAACGGCUUUACAAUGGAAUCCUACGGGGCAAGCAUGCAUGUCAAAGUAAACCACUUGUUUUCACCACUGAACAGGCUUUUAUAUGUUAUUAUAAGGGUCUGACAACAGGUAAAGGAUCCCUACAGAGAUACACCUGCGUCUGUUUACCUCAGUAUCCGUAAAGAAAACAGUUUCUACAGUCAGUGUUUGACCUUUCUCUGAUGUAGCACCCCAUUCAGUGCCUGUGGCCGAUUGGCCUACCGUGUGGUGCUGGAGUGGGCACUCAAAGGAGAGCACCUCCCUUCGAUCAUCGACAACAGACACUGAAUGGAGCCA